UACAUGAUGAGGCACCACCCACAGGCAGGACAAAUUAAGAGGAAUGUAGUUUAAAAGUUGUUGAUUUCACAAAAGUUGUAACUUGGAAUGUAUCUCCAUUGUUUUUUCUCAUAUUCCUCUCCAUCCCUUAUCCCCAGCAGGUAACAGCCCAGCAUGAGGCCUGGGAACCAGAGCAGCGUGUCCGAGUUCCUCCUCCUGGGGCUCCCCAUCCCCCCGGAGCAGCAGGGCAUGUUCUUCGCCCUGUUCCUGGGCAUGUACCUGACCACAGUACUGGGGAACCUGCUCAUCGUCCUGCUCGUCAGGCUGGACUCGUGCCUCCACACCCCCAUGUACUUCUUCCUCAGCCACCUGGCCCUCUCUGACGUCUCCUUUGCAUCCAUCACUGUCCCAAAGAUGCUGACGAACAUGCAGAGUCAGUGCCGAUCUAUCACAUAUUCCGGGUGCAUUUCUCAGGUGUAUUUCUUUGUAUUGUUUGGUUCCCUUGACAGCUUUCUCCUCGCAGUGAUGGCAUAUGACAGGUAUGUGGCCAUCUGUCACCCUCUCCACUACACCAGCAUCAUGAGGGACGAGGUGUGUAUCCUCCUUGUGGUUGGGUGCUGGCUCUCCUCCUGUGCCCAGGCUCUCCUGCACACCCUCCUUGCGAACCAGCUGUCCUUCUGUGCAGGGACGAUCAUUCCCCACUUCUUUUGUGAUCUUGCUGCUGUGCUCAAGUCCUCCUGCUCAGACACCUCCCUCAAUGAGCUGCUCAUACUCAUUGUAGGAGGAUUGGUCUUCAUCCUGCCAUUAAGUAUGAUCCUGGGCUCAUAUAUCCGCAUGGCAGUCAUCAUCCUGAAGGUCCCCUCCCUCAAAAGAAUCUCCAAAGCCUUGUCUACAUGUGGCUCCCACCUCUCUGUAGUGCUUUUAUACUAUGGGACAAUUGCAGGUGUUUACUACUUCCCCUCAUCAGCUGACUCCAAGGACAAGGACAUCAUUGCCUCUGUGAUGUACACGGUUGUCACCCCCAUGCUGAACCCCUUCAUCUACAGCCUGAGGAAUAAUGAUGUGAAACGUGCUCUUCAGAAAAUAUUCAGAGCCAAGGGCAGCCCUUGGUGCCAUUAAUUCAAUCCCAUUGUAAUGGGCAUUCACGGGGUCUGUAAAAUAGGUGUCCUUAAAAGUUCUAAUUUGGAUAUCUCAUCACUGAUACCAAUCUUCUCCCAGUCUCAUUUUCUGUUUC